AUGGAAAAUGAUAAAUUAAACAUCGAAAAUGAAGCUAGUAAAUUACUUGAUUUGAAAACCACUGGUAAUUAUGGAGUAAAGGGCUUAGGAAAGGAUGAUAACCUUUCUAUUGCCAACACAAAUAUAAGAGAUGGAGAUAUACAAAUGGACAUAGAUUUUUUAGAAAUAGAAAAAGAAUUAGAUUUAUUAAAUGAUGAAAAUUAUAAAAAAAUAUUAGAAGGAAACAAUAACAAUAAUAAUGUAAAUAAUGCUACCAACGUAAAUGGCACAGUCAUUGAUGCAGGAAAUUGCAGCAUCAGCAAUUUCCCAGGUGAUGAAAAUAUGAUUGAAUCUCUUUGUAUUAACGAACUUAAAAGUGAAGAAGAUGACAUCCUAUUUAGUGAUAGAAAUUAUGGAGACAAAGAUGAAUUAAUUUCUAUGUUAAGAAAAAAACUAAAAUUUAAAAUAAAAGAUUAUAAUUUAAUUAUGGAUACAUUAAUAAGAACUAAAGAAGAAUGUAGUAAAAAAACAGAUCAAAUAAAAGAAUUGCAAACAAAUAAUAAUAAAAUUGAAAAGGAAUGUUUUGAAUUAAAAAAAGAAUUAGAAAGAAAAAAUAGUCAAUCAAAUUUAAAUAUUGAAAGCCAUUCUUUUUAUAAAAAGGAAUAUGAUGAAAUGAAAUAUAAACUUGUAAUAUGUGAAGAUAAAUAUAAAGAAGCUUUAAAAAAAAAUGAAUCAUUAAAUAAAGAAAUAACGAAUUUAAAAAAUGAACAAAUAAAAUAUGAAAUAAAUAGAAAAAAUGAUAUAGAAAAAUUUAAAUUAGAAGAAGAAAAAUUAAGAGAAGAAAAUGAAAAGCUAAAAUCUAAAGGAACUUUGUUAAUAAAUAAAUAUCUUGAAGCUGAAAAAAAAGCAUAUGUUAUAGAACAAAAAUAUAAAGAGGAAAUACAAAAUUUAAAAACAAUUCUAAAUAAGGAAGAAAUUAAUAAAAAAAACUCUGUUCAAAAUUUUGCAAAGGUUAAAGAUAUAUUAUCACAAUCUUUAGCAAAAUCAGAAGAAAGUUACAAACAGGUAGUCCAAGCAGAAAAGGAAAGAGAUAAUUUAAAAAUACAAAAUGAUAAUUUACAAAAUACCAUUAAUGAUUUAAAUGCCAAAAUUGAUAAUUUAAAAAAUUGUAUAAAACUAUUUGAAAAUAAAUAUAAAGAAAUUAUAAAAAAAAAUAAUAACAUGUUUGCAAUUACACAUGAAUUUAUUAAUCAAAAAAAUUGUAAAAUAAUAAUUUUACGAAAAAAUGCUGAAAUUAAAGAUAUCUUUGAAAAAUAUAAAAUUGAUAAACAUAUAUUUCAAAGUAUUAAUGAUUUUUCAGCAUUAUAUAUUUAUGAAAUUCUUUUACAAAAUUCUUCUAAAAUUGAUGAAAAUGAAAUGACUGAAUUUGAACCAGGUGCUUAUGAUACAAAUGAACAUGAUGAUAAAUAUAUUAAAAUAAAAAAAAAAAAAUACAUAACAUUAAAUUAUAUGCUUAAUGAAGCACAAAUUAAAAUAAUUACUUUAACAAAAACAAAAGAGCAUUAUGAAAAAUUAUAUUCCAGUGGUAAAAGUAGUUCCCAUAAAGAUGAUGAUUCUAUUUAUAAAAAACAUUAUUUAUCUUCUGAUAUGACAAAUUUAUAUAAUGAAAAACUUCAUUAUGAAAAUAAGUUAGUAGAAAAAAUUGAACAUAUAAAAAAUUUAGAAAAUAAAUUAAAGGAAAAAGAAAGUGUGAUCGAAAAAUCUAUGGAAACAAGCAUGAGAUUACGUUUAGAAAAAGAUACACUUGUUAAGGUAAUAUCAUCUACUCCCGAAUUUAUAUCAACAGCUCAUCAAAAUAAUACAAACUUUUCUAUUCAAGCAUUUGUUGAGCACACUGUUAUAGAAUAUGUACAAAAGCAUGAGCGUCAAAAAAGAGGUACUAACAACAUGCUAACAUCAACAAUGAUUGAUGAAUAUAAUCAACAAACCCCAUCAUGUAUUAGUAAUAAUUCGGGUGGUAUAAAAUUAAGUCACACUGAAGAAUAUAAUCAACGAAAUUUAAUGUCAAAUUUAGCAAUAAAUAAUGCACAUGAAAGAAAAAUGAAAAAAAAAGAUUUUUCUAAUACAACUUAUAAUGGAAAUGAAGAAGGUCACACACACAAUAAUUUAGAUAAUAGUAAUUAUAAUAAUAAAGAGGAUGGGUCCCUUACUGAUGAUUAUUAUUAUUCACCUUCUUCCUAUGCAAUAGAACAGAUUAUGGCAAAUUUAGAAAAAGCUAUUGUAGAGAUUGAAAAUACACAAAUCACAUAUUUUCGAAGUAGUAAUUUACUUACGUAUAUUGAUGACUAUAUGUUAACUUUACAAAUAUUUAACCGGAUAUCUGAUUAUAAUGAUGCAUAUAAAGUUGAACAUUUACUUGAAGAUGAUGAAUAUACUUUUAUUAUAGAUAAAGCAUGUAAACAUGCUAAUAAUAGAGAUGAAAAUUUUCUUGCUUCCUAUCCAAGUGAGGAUAGUAAAAUCGGUGUAAUAAUUACAGAAUUAGAAAAAUGUAAAAAAGAUUAUAGUGAUGAAGAAUUACUUCGUUUAUUUGAAGAAACAAAAUUGUUAGAAAAAUAUCGAAAAUUUUAUCAUGACCAUUUUGUUAAUAUUAAUAAUAUAUUCAAUAAAUUUAUAUCUUUAAAUUUGUUUAAUAGUGAAACAAAACAUAAAAAUGUGUAUGAAAGAUAUUUUAAUUUAUUUAAUUUAAAUUUUAGUAAUGUUGAAAUUUCAUUUGAUUUAUUAUUAAAAAGAUUUUAUCAGAUAUUAAGAUUAUCAAAAACUUAUGAAAAUUUAAUUAUAGAAAGAGACAAAAAAAUAGCAGAUAUAAAUAAUGCACAAAUUAAUUUAUAUAAUGACAAACAAGGACUACAAACAAAUGUAGAAUUAAUUACAAAAGAAAAAGAAUAUUUAGAAAAGUUAAUUAUAAAAAAAGAAAAUAAUGUAAAAGAAAUUAAUGAAAAAUAUUUUCAACUAGAAAAAGAAUAUAAUGAAUAUAAAAAUAAUAAUUCUUUAAUUUUAGAACAAUAUGAAAAUAUGAAAAAAGAAAAUUAUAAUCUAGAACAAGAGUUAUCAAAAAAAGAAUUAAAAAAUAAUAGUUUAAAUGAAAAAAAUUGUGAAAUAAUAAGUUUUUAUAAAAAUGAAAAAGCAUGUUUACAAACACUUUUACAUGAAUCAAAAGAUGUUAAUAUGUAUUUGAAAGAAAAAAUGGAAACUCUACUAACCAAUAAUGAACGUAUGAAAUAUGACUAUGAUAUUCGAUUAAACAAUUUAAAUGCUUUAUGGAUGGAAGAAAAAGAAAAUAAUAAAAAAUUUAAUUUUAAUGUAAAUUCUUUAAAAAAAGAAAAUAGUAAUUUAUUAAUCAAGAUUAAAGAAAUGCAAGCAAAAAAUCAGUUACUAAAAGUUGAACUUUCUGAACGUAUGAAACAGUUAAAUAUGUUUAAAACGAGUAUCAACGGACCAAAACAUAGUAAAGAUACAUCAUCAAUAGUUGGCUAUGCAUUAACCAAUGUUAAUACUUCUAUAAGUAACAAUGCCAUCAUUGGUGAUGAUUUAUCUGGAGGAAUGGAAAAAAAACAUAUACCUAAUGUGGAAUAUUUAGAUGCGGAUCAAAAUAGUAACUACCUUCUAAAUAUAGAUGUAACUGCUUGUAAAAUAGAAUAUGAAGAAAAGAUUAAAAAGCUUGAAGAAAAUAUUACUGACUUGAAUGCAGAAAUAUUAAAAUUAAAAGGAGAAAAAGAAAUAUUAUUAAUAUCUAUCGAAACUUGGCGAUGCUUUAGUUCAGAUAGUAAAGAAGAAAUUAAUCACUUAAAAAAAAUAUGUAAUGAGCAAGUUGAAAAACAUAAAGAGUUUAUAUUAAUAAACAAAACAAAUGAAGAUAAAUUAAAAUUUGUUAAAAAUCUAUUAAUAUGUGAAAAAGAUAAAUAUGAAAAAGAUGUAGAUAAUAUUAAAGAAAAACUAACAAAUGAAUUAGAAAAAGUUACUAAUGAAUUAAAAGAAAAAACUCUUGAAAUUGAAAAAAUAAAAUUAGAAAAUGAAAAACUAUUACUUAAAACAAAAGCUAUUGAUAAUGGUAAAAAUGAUGAAAUCAAUAUGAAAAAAAAAGAAGAAGAAUAUGUUGAAUUAUUAAAGAAAGAAAAAGAAAAUAUUGAAAAAAAAUUCGAAAAUACUUCUGAAAAAUAUAAUGAACAAAUUAGUUUAAAUAAAAAACUUACUGACGAUAUUAAUCUACUUAUUUCAACACAUAAAGAACAGUUAAAAAAUUUAAAUGAACAAAUUAAUAUUUUAAAAAAAGAUAAUAAAUAUUUAUCAGACAAUUUAGAAAAAGAAGUCGAAAGUACUGAUAAUGCAAUUAUUAAAAAAAGAUUAGAACAACUAGUCGAAAUAAAUAAAGAUCUUCAUAAAGAAAUUCAAGAAAAUUGUAAUAAUACUGAAAAAAUGAAAUUUAAAAUUAUUGAAUUAAAAGAAAAUAUAAGAGUACAAAAAGAAACACAUCUACAACAACAAAAAUGUAUUAUCGAACUUAGAGCAAAACUAGUUGAUACAAAUAUGGCUAAUCAAAAAGAUGAAUAUGUUUCUAAUUUAAAAAUUAAUCUAGAAUCGUCACGAAUGCAAUUAAAAGAUUUAUGUGAUCAACUCGAAAAGGGAAAUUUAAAUGAAAAAAAAAGUAAUAUGAAAAUUCAAAUGCUAGAAACUAAAUUAAUUAAAGAAGAACAAGAAAGAAAGAGAUAUCAAAUGGAAUUAGCCAAUAAAAAUAACACAGAUUCUAUUUCAUAUAAUAAAUUAAAAACAGAAGUUGAAAUGGUUACUGAAGAAAAUAAAAUUUUAUUAUUACGUAAUGAAUGUUAUGAAAAAGAAAUAGAACAAUUAAAAAGAGAUUCACAAUUUUUUAAUUCAACAAAAAAUAAUGAUAUGAAUAUUAUAGAAAGGGAUGCUUUGAAAAAACAAGUAGAAGAACAUAUAGCUAAAAUAAAUGAAAAGGAUAAACAAAUUGUUAAUCUAAAUUUUGAAAUAAAAAAAUUGUCUAAUCAACUUGAUGAAACAAAAGAACGUAUGAGCCGAAUGGAAUCGACAACAUCAAUAAUUGAUGGAGGAGCAAUUGAUGAAGGAUCGUCAGUAAAUGUAGAUAAUGCCAAAACAACACAAGAUAAUCAAGUAUCACUUGAAAUAUAUAAAUAUAUUAAUGAAAAUAUUGAUCUAACUGCAGAGUUAGAAAAUAAAAAUGAUAUAAUUGAACAAAUGAAAGAAGAGCUUAAUAAUAAAAAUAUGGAGCUAGCCAAACUUAAUAAAGAUGUAAUAAAUUUAUCAGCCAAUUAUGAUAAAUUAAAAGAAUCAAUAUAUAUGAUGGAAAAACAUAAAACUAGUUUAAAUGAAUAUAUAAAACAAAAAGAUGAAAUUAUAAAUUCUUUACAACAAAAAAAUAAUAGCCCAACCAAGUUUUGUAACUUGAUAGAAAACAAUAGUACUAGUAAAAAUAUGACCAACGAAGAUGAUUCAACUGGUUCAAAUAAAUAUAAAAUAAAUUUGAAAGAUAGCAAUUCAAAAGAUAUUGAAGAAAAGAUUAUGGGAAUGGAAGAAAUUAUGAACACCUCUUGUGAAGAAGUAAUAAAUACAUUAAAAAAAAUUCCAAGGACAAGUGCUGAAAGUGAUAAUAAUAAUAAUCUAACUCCAUCUGAUGAUAGAGAGUUUUCUGUAAACUCCGAUCAUAUAACAUUAAUUAAAUGUAAUAUUUUAAAAAUGUUUAAACUUGGGUCUUGUUAUUUAUACAUUAUUAAUAGAAACUUAAAAGAGAUCAAAAUAUUGAAAGAUAAAAUAAAUUCCCUUGAGGAAAAUAUACAAAGUUUAAAUGUAUUUAUAAAUAAUUUGAAAGACCAAAAUAAAAAUAAUGAAGUAAUCAAAAUAAAUAAUGAAGAACAAAUUUUACAAUUAAAAAAUAAUAUACAAAAUAAUGAAAAUUGUAUAAACAAUUUAAAUGAUAAUUUAAAACAAAAAGAUGAAAUAAAUAAUUCAAAUUUAAAAAAUCUGAUUAAAUAUAAAAAUUUUAUUAUUAAUUUAGUACAUCAAACAGAUAUAUUUUUACAUAUUUUUAAAACCAUGGAUACACAAAAUGUUAUACAAAACUCAACAUAUAAUCAACUAACUCAACUUCGAAAAGAAUUAGAUCCAUAUCUUAAUGAUUCUGUAAUGAUAUCCGAAUUACAAAAUAAAGAAAACUCCAAUAUGACUAAUACUGAUAAUAAUGAUUUAUUAAAUAUAUCAUGUACCUUUUCUUAUGAAAAUUAUGAGCAUAUUCAAGUAUUUACAAAUAAAUAUAAUUUAAUUAUUGAAAGAGGACAAGUUUCAAUUUUCUCUGAUGGCAAAAUCAAGCCACCUCAAAAUGAACAAACUAGUACAUUCUUUUCGAAUAUCAGUUCAUACUUUCACAAUUCAAGUCAAUAUAAUAAUACAUCCAAUUCUAAAACCUCAAAUGAAAAUACUCCCGAUUCCCCCAAAGAUACACAAGCUCAAACAUGCCAAGAAAAAGAGAAUGAAGAAGAAAGUGUAAAAAAUGAAAACAACCAAAUAUAUAGUGAUGAGAGCGAUCAAACAGAAGAAGACGACUAUCGAAGCGAUGUUGAGGAAGUUGAAAUUGUUGAAAAUGAUGAACACAAGAAGGAUAGUGAGGGUGACGACCUUGAGGAGUAUGACGAUCAUGCAGAGGACGUAGAGCAUGUCGAGAAUGAUGAGCAUGAUGAGCAUGAUGAACAUAGUGAACAUAGUGAGCAUGACGAGCACGACGAGCUUGAGGAAUACGAUGACCAUGCAGAUCAAGUAGAGCAUGUAGAAAGUGACAAUCAUGAUGGUGACACGGAAGCAGAUGAAGAUGUCCUAAGCAAUAACAAAGAAAAAGAAAACCAAGAUGUAGAAUCAUAUAAUGAGUAUAACAAUGAUCAAGAAGAAUAUGAAAAUGUAAGUGAUAGUGAAAAAGAAGAAGAGAAUGAAGAAAGAAAUAGCAUAGAUAAUAAUUAUGAUGAAAACUAUCGUGAUGAAAAUGAGACUUUACAAAGAUAUGAAGAAAAUGUAAUAGUAGAAAAUGUUGAUAAUUUAGAUGAAAAGGAAUUACUACCUUCAAAUGUUGAGGCAGAUGUGUUUGAAAAUAAUUACACACAUCAUGUUGGAAAUCGAAAUAGCAUAGUACCAGAGGUUAGUGAACAAAAUAGGCUUAUAGGUGACAAUCCAAUCAGUCAUAUAAAUUAUGAAAAUAUUUCUCCUCCUUCUUUUAGUAACAAAAUAGAAAAUAAUAAUAAUACUUUUGUAAAUGGUACUACUUGCUCAUAUAUGUCCGAAUAUGAAUUUAAUUUUUUUGAUAAAAAUGAUCAACCAAAAAUAAAGGAAGCGAAAAAAAGAAAAUAUCAUUCUGACUCAGAAGUAGUGAAACAAAAUAAUAAUAAUAAUAAAACAGGAUAUACAAAAAAAAAAAUAAGAAAAAUAGAUAAUUCAUACAAGUUUAAUAAUGGAGGUAUAGUAACUGAGGUAGUAGAAAAUCAAAUUCAACAAAAUAUAAACUUUAACAGUUUAGAUAAUAAUUAUACAAAUCAAUUAUUUAAUAAUAAUUAUGAUGAAUCCCAAAAUAAAUAUGAACUAUUAGAAAAUAUAAAUAAAUUAAAUCAAACAUACAAUAGCAAUAAUUUAGAUGCGACUAAUGAUGAGAGAAACAAUAAUGAAAAUGAAAAUAACUCACUGAUGAAGAGUGAUAAAGAAUCUCAAAAUGAAAAUAAAGAUGACAAAGAAAGUGACAGCUGCUAUGUCAUAUCAUCUGAUGAUGAUGCAGAAGUCAAGGACUACGAUGAGGAGGCGGAGGAAGAUGAUGUAGAUGAUGAGGAUGAGUCUAAUGUAUCAAAUGACGAAGCAGAUUAUGACCAGUUUGAUUCAAAGGAAGACAUACAUAGUAGUGGUCCUGAUGAGGGAGAAGAAACCAAUUCUAAUGACCCAGAUAAAGAUAUGAUAGAUUAUGAUGAUAUGGAUAAUGAAAAUCGAAGUAGAAAUUGUAAUGAUGACGAUAGUGAACGUGAGCAUGAUGAAAGUGAUGAUGAGCAUGACGUUAGUGACGUUGAUCGUGAUGAAAGUGAAGGUGAGCAUGACGUUAGUGAAUCUGAACGUGACGAUAGUGAAUCUGAACGUGAUGAAAGUGACGUUGAUCGUGAUGAAAGUGACGUUGAUCGUGAUGAAAGUGAUGUGGGACGUGAUGAUAGUGAAGGUGAUCGCGAUGAAAGUGAUGUGGGACGUGACGAAAGUGAUAUUGAUCGUGAUGAUAGCGAGGGUGAUCGCGAUGAAAGUGAUAUUGAUCGUGAAGAGGAGGACGACGGGCGUAGUAAUACUAACUCGUAUUCUACAAGCAAUUACUCAAAUGAAAAUAAUAAAAAUAAAGAACCAGUUAUUAGUAUUGUAACAUCAGAUGAUGAUCAAGAUGAUAGGAACAAUGAAGAUUAA